AUGGCAGCUACAGCAUCGUCAAGCAGAUUCGCAGCCCCGUCAUGGGUACAUAACCUGUACUCACGCUUCCCGCUAGUCGUUCUUGAGCAGGAGGACGAGAUUCCAUGGCGGCGAGAGCUCCGAAGCUCUGACGCGGAGUGCUCCCUCUGGGUACAACCUCCUGCAGCACCAGAGCACCCAUAUCAUCGCUCAUGGGCUUCAUCAGAUCCUGACUCCCUACGCGCCCAGCUACUCUUCCUCCUCCGCAAGGUUCCCGUGUCAUUCAGACCGUGGUCGAAUGAGCAGUCAGCCCCUUCGUCGAGAUUACCAGCUCUCCAGCUUGUCCUCGAUGAUACGUUGCUAUCAUCAGACGAGGUCCGAGGAUGGCUAGACCAGAACUAUCCCCUGAAAGGAAAGAACAAGGAAAUACAAAAUAUGCCGUCGCAAGAAACGUACGACCGCGGGGUGGCGCUCGCCCAGCUCGUGCUCGGCGACCUGUACACCGCCUACCUAUCCGAGAGCAAGAAGAGCAUGUACAAGCACCUGCCAAACCCCCCGCCGCUGGCAGCUGGACUCAAGACGCCAUUACCGGCGGCGUUGACGGGUGAUUCGCGCACGAUCAACGCGGAAGAGAUGGCGGAGAGAGGUGAAGACGCGCUGGAGAUUAUAGCGGGGCAGAUAGAUGGCUCGUGGGCUUUAGGGGCGAGUCAAGCGACACCCCUGGACGCGCUGAUCGCAGCUCAUCUAUACCCACUUUUCACACUCAGCCCCUCCUCUACACUACGACGAAAAGCGGAGGAACUGCCUCAGCUUGGGGACUAUUUGGAUCGGGUGUUGACAGCGGCUGGUGCCAGUAUGCGGGAAUAG